AUGUUCAUGGAUCAAUCACCAUAUAAUUGGCAUCAAUAUAAUUUAUUGAAGGAUACAUCUUCCUUCAAGGUAAACAAAACGCUGGUCGUGGUAGGAUUUCACUGCGGGAGGAUUAUGUCAGAUUGUGGCUACGCAUCAGACCAAUGGGCCAACGGGUCACAGAGCUAUUGUCGAACUCCUUCGCCAGGUCGACAAAAUAUUUGGUCAAGCAACCAUCUUAAGCCGUUGCAGGAUGUAGAAGACAUUAUGCCUGAUGUUCAACGCCUUGACCUCGAUAAAAAAAUCGAUUCUGAGGUGUAUGACUCAUGGUUAGAUAGUGUGUGCAAAGGCAUCGAAAGGCUAACCAACAAGGCCGAUUAUUUGCUACAACCUCCUCCAGUCCUGGGGUCGAUUCAAGAUGUUAUAGACGACCAAUGCGCCUAUGCAAUCCUCAAGCAAUCCGUGGAUCCAUGCCACUUUAUUGACCAUCUUCGAACCGUAGCAAUGUGGCAUAUCAUUAAUUCGUUGGCCACUAUUUCAAACGUAAUAAUGUCACUGUUGAUACAAAUCAAAGGUCCAUUUUUGUGA